UGCAAUCAUUCUCGUUGUCGAUAUUCGCCAUGCCCAUGGUUAUGCGUCAUCACGGCCACGCUAUUUAUCGUCAGCAUAGCUUUUCAACUUUCUCUAUUUGGCGUUGUCAACUUCGCAUCUAAAUCUUGGAGUUCAGUCUUUCAAACUGAAUCUGCCCAAGAAUCAUUAAGCGCAGACGCCGCAGAGAAUGGCGAACAGUUAAAAGGAUGGAACACUGCCGUUGCUAGGUCUCACACAACUCAACCUGUAAUUAAAACACCUACGAAAAUAAUCCAAAUCGACAUGGUAAACGACUACCAGCCUUGGGUCGACUUUAAACUCGUUUAUCCUGAGGUGCAACCGGCUCUUGAAGGGUCGAAAGAUUUGUAUCUUGUGGUUCUUGUCAAUUCCGGUGCGAAAGGUGGCGAGUUUAAACAGCGCAGGGCGAAGAUUCGUGAAACUUGGGCAAGCAAGAAGACUUGCGAAUAUUUCAUUGCCGCAAAUCAGACGCACGUGAGAGAUAAGAAAUGGAUUUUAGUUUUUGUACUAGGAAAAGUUGGCAACGAGGAAGAUGACAAAAGAAACAUUGAGGAAGCCAAGAAACACAAUGAUAUGUUGAUUGGUGACAUUGAUGAUAACUACUUGAACAAUAUUUUGAAAUUUUACAUGGGACAGCUCUGGGCUUCUUUGCAUGGUGCAAAAUAUACUCUUAAGACAGACGAUGAUGUUUAUGUGCGAAUACCGAAAGUUAUCGAGUACCUCGUUUCCCAGGGGUCACCCCCUCGCUUCUAUGGUGGCAACGCGUAUAUAAAUUCACCCGUUCACCGUUUGCCUGGUUUUAAAUGGAGCAUUAGCAAGAAGUACUUUAGUGAACGUAUAUAUCCCCCCUUCAUUGCUGGAGGUCUAGUGUUAAUGUCGACAGACUUGUUAGGACGUCUCUUGAACUACGUCCACGUAAGAAAGCCGUUUCACACCGACGAUGCCUACGUCGGUGUUGCUAUGAGGGACUUCAAAGUGAAGGUGAUCAAUAUAUCAUCUUUUCGGAUCAUAGAUAAUAUGCGUGAUGUAAUACGUUCAAACCACAAUUGCUAUAUUCUGAAAUUGAUCGGAUAUGCCCAUUCGAUCGACCCCGGUUCAAUGCAAAGUUUACACGAGAAACUUGAAUUUUUCUGUCGUAACAAAACCACGCUCGAAAACUGUUGAUGUGAUCGACUUUUUCAUCGACCCAACUGAUGAAAACGCUGUCGUUAUGCAGGUGAAUGUUUCAUGGAAUCUAAUUUCUGAAAAAUUAUUGAAUUGAUAGUGGCACGUGUGAACAAUACUCAACAUUGACAAUUAAUUUUAAUAUAUGCAUUCUGCACGCAUUCGAAUUCUAAACGUUUUCUAGCUGCUAGCACUUUUUGACAACAGUUUAAGUAAUUGAUAACAAAAGCGCAUAAUCUUAAAAAAACUAUUUACAAUGUCAAUGCCUGCAUAUGACAGCACCGGCUUGUAUUCAAAUGUUCCUCUGAAAUCUACAUGAAUACAUAUAUAGUACUAAUUUUAGAUGGAAAUGUAUGUAACUUGUCGAGACUGAAGUUACUCCUAAAACUAAGAACAAAACUUAAUCAGGAGCGAGUUAUCCCGGCUAAA